UGCAUCCAAAUCUGGAAUUCUGGAGCCACAGGUUGCUCAUGCGGCUGCGGCUGCAGACUUUGUUGCCCUAAAAGCUUAUAGCGAUAUUACGGUACGCAAAACUUGAUAAAAUUAUCAAACAAGUAGAGAGAAACUGCAACAGAUCUCAGCAAAUGGCAGCUACCACUGUGACCACUUCUCUCCCCCAGUUCAAUGGGCUCAGACCCAAAAUUUCCUUCUCUAAUGUGCAAAGCAUGGCGGUUGCUCAACCAAUGAGGCGCAAAGGCCUGGGCGCUUUGGGAGCUCGCUGCGAUUUCAUUGGUUCAUCCACCAAUUUGAUAAUGGUGACUACUACAAGCCUAAUGUUGUUUGCCGGAAGAUUUGGGUUGGCCCCGUCGGCAAACAGGAAGGCAACGGCAGGAUUGAAGCUUGAAACAAGGGACUCUGGGCUGCAGACUGGCGACCCAGCUGGGUUUACACUUGCUGAUACCUUGGCCUGUGGGACAGUUGGUCACAUUAUUGGGGUUGGUGUUGUUCUUGGCCUUAAGAAUGUUGGUGCCCUGUAAUUAGUCAAUUAAUCAAUCAAAUUCCAAGAGUUUGAUUCAAAAGAGAACAUGUUUGUGAACUCCUCGUGCACUGAAUGGUAUUUUUAAGUGUCAUAUUGAUAGAAGAAUGACAAACGCUAAGAAUGCUGAACUUUUCCUUUUUAAGCAA